AAAGUCGUUACGCCCAAAAGUAUGCUUAGAAUUUCGUACUGAACUGUAGUAAAAAUUGCAUAUUUUUAGAUUGCCUUGCCAGCUUCAAGCCACCCACACAGCCUUCUACCACUGUAUUUAGUAUAUAUGAUAUUGUAUGCACCCUUAAAUGGUAGUAGGAAACCGUAAAUCCUACAAUGUUAGCCAAAAAUAUAUGUGGAUGUUAAACUGUUUUAUGCUUUUUGGCAGCAGGAUUUACGAGCUAACAACAACGCGACAAAUGAAGUAAAUUGGAAAGUGCAGAGAACACACUGACAAUGUGAAGAAAAUUGCGCGCUGAUUUUUAUUGCCUAACUUGUGCCAGAAAAUAUAUUAGUAUAAAGAUUAAAAAACAAAAAACAAAAAACCAAGAAACAUUAUAUUUGACUUAAAAUGUGCCUUCACUUGCUUUGCUGAUAUUAACACAAAACCAUAAAAGUAUUAAGUGAUAAAAAAAAUAAGUAUAAAUUCGAAGAAGUUUAAGUGUAAACGAGAUUUUGAGGAGAACCACAAAAAGUGCCUUCUUGAAGUAACAGUUCUUAGUGAGAUAGUGACAUGGAAAUCUUAAAAAAAAAAUGCUUAAAAAAGUUCGAAAUAUUUCUUAAAAGAAAGUGCGAGAAGUGUUAAAACUAAAAAAUUAUCGCCAGCCAAACUGUUAGUUUAAUAUUUGAUACUUCACUGCUGAAAUCACGCUAGGCUGCAUUUCGACAUGUCGCGCGAGGUUAGCUUCAGUCGCCAAUCCUUGGAGCUACGCAGUCAGGAAUCCUCAUUAUUACCUGCCAUCAGCGCUAAUGCCGGCGCUGAUGUGAGUGUCAGCAACACAGACACAUUGGCCACAGCAGCCAGCUCCACCUCUGCCUCUGCUGUGGCGCCAGCCAAUAAUAACGCCGGUUUGGGCGUCUCACAGCGUCGCCGCCAGCGCAAAGGCAUCACACAGCGACAGGAUUCAUGGUUUCGGCAUUCAAUGCCACCAGCUUUGACGCGCGAUUUCGAGUCCAUCGAGAAUUUGGCGCCGAAUACCACAAAUGGUUUGGACGAACAGUUGGCCGCCUCACUUUCGGGGCGCUUUGGCGCAUCCACGUCAGCGUCUUUGGCCGCUUCGACGGCGCACAGUGGCGGUAGCGGCAGUUUGACAGUGUGCGGCUUUGGCAUUGGCGGUCUCGGUGGUUUCAGUGGCAGCGGUCAGAGUGGUAGUGGCGGUGGUGGUGCUGGUGCUAGUGGUAUGGGCGGCAAUCGUUUCGGCGGUGGCAUCAAUCUCAAUAGUGCCAAUAGUAAUUUGGGUUUCAUCGAUUCGGACGAAUCGAAUUUACAUACACCGAUUACACCGCUCGCCUCGCAUUCGGCAUCCAUUUAUGGUGGUUUGCAGCAGCAGGGUUCAGUGUCGGCCGCCUCGGUGGCGGGUACACUGUCAUCGUCAAAUGCUAUUGGUAAUGGUGGUAGUGGUGCUGGCGGUGGUGUAUGCCGUCGGCAUAAAUCGAAGCGACGCAAAGAUUCGAGAGCGUCGGUGUUGUCAAAGCAAAGCGGUAAUAGCGUGAGAAGUCGCGCUUCAGCAUUGGCCGCACGAGCUGGUCUACAUAUGACGGCGUCUUUCUUGCGCAAAAAACGAAAGGAAUAUGAAGACGAUGAGGACCUCACUUCAACAGCGGCUGCGGCCGAUGAUACGGAUAGACGAAUAAUAUUUUUGAAUCGACCGCAAAUACAGAAGUUUUGCAACAAUCACAUAUCAACUGCGAAAUAUAGUUUUAUAAGCUUUUUACCAUCGUUCCUUUUUGAACAAUUUAGACGUUAUUCGAAUUGUUUUUUCCUAUUAAUUGCAUUAUUACAACAAAUUCCUGAUGUCUCACCGACGGGUCGCUACACAACACUGGUACCGUUAAUAUUUAUUUUAUCUGUGAGCGGCAUUAAGGAGAUCGUCGAAGACAUUAAACGCCAUCGUGCGGAUAAUGAAAUCAAUCAUCGUAUGGUGGAGGUGUUACGAGAUGGCGCUUGGACCUCGGUGCGAUGGCGUGAUAUCGGUGUGGGAGAUAUUGUAAAAAUACCCAAUAAUAUAUUCUUUCCCGCUGAUAUACUGUUGUUGUCGUCGAGUGAACCGCAAGCGAUGUGCUUCAUCGAAACAGCAAAUUUAGAUGGUGAAACCAAUCUAAAGAUACGUCAGGGUGUGCCAGCAACUGCGAAAUGUCUGGAAACUAAAGAUCUGCUGCAGCUGGACGGCACCGUCGAAUGCGAGCUGCCAAAUCGACAUUUGUACGAAUUCAAUGGCGUACUUAAGGAGAAUACUAAGCCCACCGUUGCUCUCGGCCCCGAUCAGAUAUUGCAACGCGGCGCAGUUUUACGCAACACCGCCUGGAUAUUCGGCGUUGUCGUCUACACCGGACACGAUACGAAACUUAUGAAAAACUCUACCUCAGCGCCAUUAAAACGCUCAACCGUCGACACAGUAACGAAUACACAGAUAUUAAUGCUCUUCGUUAUAUUGGUGGUUUUAUCGUUGACCAGUGCGAUAUUGAACUUUUUCUGGACGCGCGAUUAUGCGAAAAUUUUUUGGUAUUUGGGCAUAAGUGAGGACAUCAAAAGUAAAAACGUUGGCUAUAAUUUAUUGACAUUCUUUAUUCUCUACAAUAAUCUUAUACCGAUAUCUUUACAAGUGACUUUGGAGUUAGUACGUUUUCUACAGGCCAUCUUCAUAAAUUUUGACAUACAUAUGUACUAUGCGGAAACCGAUACGCCGGCAAUGGCGCGCACUUCGAAUCUCAAUGAGGAACUGGGCAUGGUGAAGUAUAUAUUCUCCGAUAAGACCGGCACACUGACGCGCAAUGUUAUGGUGUUCAAAAAGUGUUCGGUGGCGCGUUUUAUGUACGAACCAGCAACUUCACCCGAGGACUCGUCGAUUGUGCAGAAUUUACUCGGCCAUCACAACACCGCGCCCAUUAUCAAAGAAUUCCUCACAUUACUCGCCGUUUGCCACACAGUCAUACCGGAAAAAUUCGAAGACGGUUCUAUUAUCUAUCACGCCGCCAGUCCCGAUGAGCGCGCCAUUAUCGAGGGUGCGCGCAUGUUCGGCUACAUCUUCGAAUCGCGCACACCACAAUAUGUAGAGAUUAAUGCACUCGGCACAAUCGAACGCUACGAAGUACUCAAUGUACUCGAAUUCACUUCGACGCGCAAGCGCAUGUCGGUGAUUGUGCGUGCGCCAACCGGUGAAAUUAAACUCUAUUGCAAAGGUGCCGAUACGGUGAUUUAUGAGCGUCUCUCACCCGAUGGUCAAAUGUAUCGUGAUGCCACUUUGCAUCAUUUGGAAGAGUUCGCUUCGGAGGGUUUGCGUACCUUGUGCUGUGCCGUUUCGGUGAUACCCGAGGAUGUAUAUAAUGAGUGGAAGGAAACGUAUCACAAGGCUUCGACGGCACUGCAGUAUCGUGAGCGCAAAGUGGAGGAUGCCUCCAAUUUGAUUGAGAACAAUCUGAUAUUAUUGGGUGCGACAGCAAUUGAAGAUAAACUGCAGGAGGGUGUACCAGAAACGAUAGCCUCACUGCUGGAGGCGGGCAUUUAUAUUUGGGUGUUGACGGGUGAUAAGCAGGAGACAGCGAUCAAUAUCGGCUACUCGUGCAAACUCAUUUCUCACUCAAUGGAUAUAAUUAUACUCAAUGAGGGUAGUUUAGAUGCCACACGUGAUAUUAUCCACCGACACGUGGACGAGCUGAAGAGCACUGAUAUGAAGGAGUGCAAUGUGGCGCUGGUGAUCGAUGGACAAACGUUGAAGUAUGCUUUAAGCUGUGAUUUGAAGCAGGAAUUUUUAGAACUCUGCUUAGUGUGUCGGGUGGUGAUAUGUUGUCGCGUCUCACCAAUGCAAAAGGCGGAGAUCGUCGAAUCCGUAACACAAGCCACUGGUGCCGUAACACUCGCCAUCGGUGAUGGCGCCAACGAUGUGGCCAUGAUACAGAAAUCUCAUGUCGGUGUUGGUAUUUCGGGCGUGGAAGGGCUGCAGGCAGCUUGCGCUUCCGACUAUUCGAUUGCACAAUUUUGUUAUUUGAAACGUUUGUUAUUGGUGCAUGGCGCCUGGAAUUAUAGUCGCAUUACCAAAUUGAUACUAUACAGUUUCUACAAGAAUGUCUGCUUGUAUGUGAUUGAGCUGUGGUUCGCCAUCUAUUCGGGUUGGUCGGGUCAAAUUCUCUUCGAGCGUUGGACUAUCGGUUUAUAUAAUGUUAUGUUUACCGCUUUGCCGCCAUUCGCAUUGGGUCUCUUCGAUAAAGUUUGUUCAGCGGAAACGAUGUUGAAAUAUCCGCAAUUGUAUAAACCAUCACAGGAUGCGAAACUCUUCAAUGUCAAAGUGUUUUGGGUGUGGAUAUUCAAUGCGCUUUCGCAUUCGGUAUCGCUCUUCUGGCUGCCGAUGCUGAUGACGACGAUGUCCGUGUGGCCUGACGGCAAAACAAGUGAUUACCUCUUUUUGGGCAAUAUUGUGUACACGUAUGUCGUCGUAACAGUUUGUCUAAAAGCUGGCCUUAUCACCAACUCAUGGACCUGGAUGACACACGCCUCCAUUUGGGGCUCAAUUGCUAUGUGGUUCUUGUUCAUGGUGAUCUAUAGUAACUUCUGGCCGACCAUAAUGUUGGCGCCAAUCUUUUUGGGCAUGGAUCGUAUGGUGUUUUCAACGAUCGUUUUCUGGCUAGGUCUCUUGCUCAUACCUAUAACGACGCUUUUGCCGGAUAUUCUAUUUACAAUCGUGCAUAAUACGGUAUUCAAGUCACUCACGGAGGCCGUACGUGAAUCCGAGAUACGACGUUAUGAUCCUGAAAAUGUGAUACGAGAAUCGAAAACAUCAACUAGUUAUCGAAGCAUGUACUUUCCGAAACAGUCGCGUCUCGAAUCGUUCCAACGUUUGCAAGUUCGUAUAUAAUUGAAAGUCCCAAAAAGAAAAGAAAACAACAACAAAUGAAUCGAAAUUACAGCACCGAACUAAGAUAAAAAAGGAAAAAGAAAAGAAAUUGAAAAUUUAUUGUUUGAACUAUUGAACGGCGUUUUGCUCGAUUUUUAGACGAUCUUUAAUAUCUCGAAUUAAGCGACGAUACUUGCCUUAAGCAAAAUUUGUUUUUAUUGCCUUUGUUACAGUUUGAAAAUAUUACUUAGCAAAUUGAUUUGUAAAUUAUGCUAUUUAUUUAUUUUGCAUUUUAUAAUUUAUUUAAGAAAAAUGUAUGAUGUACUUUUUAUUAAAAAAAAAAAAUUAAAUUGUUAUUUAUAUAAGAAAAAAGGUGAAGAUUUGUCUGUAUAUGGAAAACAGCGUUGUAUUUUCGAAUAAUGAUUUUUGUAACUGUAUUUAAAGGUAUAAUGUAUUACUUCUGCUGCUUAAGGGGCACAGCUAGUGUGAAAGCUUAAAAAAGCGACUUUUCGGAGUUCAAAAAACAACAAAAAAAAAAAAACUACUGAAUCAUUUAUUUCAAAACUUAAACGGUAUAUUUAAACAUUAAAUACGUAAGAAUACGCAGUAAAAUUUUUGUGGCAAAAUAUUUUAAUAUUUUUCGAGUUACACGCAAUCUUGACGGCGCUAAAAAACGUCCUCUAAUCCCAUGGUUAUUGUAUGAAGAAUUUGUUAGUGAUCGUAUCUGAUUGGUUUGGCUCUGAGUAACCACUGCAGCAUUUUCGAAAAAUGCUGUUAAACGCGUUUAAAAAUAAACUGAUGACACUGAUUGAACUGAGCGGCUGCACUUUAGAAGGCAGUAAAGCAAAAACUAUUUGAGAUACCGAUUUAAAAUUUUAUUAUGUUAUUUUUAAAGGUAUAACCUAAAAAAAUAUAAGACAUAUGAUUUUAUUUUUAAAUUUCACACUGGGUGUUUAUUGUUCCUUAAGCCUGUAAAAAUAUGAAUUUAUCAGGUUUUAGCGGGCAAUAAUAACAAAAAAUUGAGAUUCCAUCCACUCAUAUUGCUAAUGAUAAGAAAAAACUGUUUUUUUUUAAAUUUUUUACUAAUAUUUCUAUUUGUUUUAAAUAUUUUUAUUUGAAAUUAUGCACAUUUGUAAAUGCUUAGCUCAAAAAAGGCAUUGGGUUUUAAUAAAGUUUUAGCUAUAUACUAAAAAUAAUAUUAUUUUGUAUAAUUUUUUUAAAAAUAUUUUUAAAGAAACUCUUUAUUUAUGCUAUAAACUUUAUUGCAUUAAAAUGUAAAAAAAAUUUUUUUUAAUUUAAUUUUUUUGAUACAAUAGUUAUUGCUCACUUUUUAGUGGGAACAUAAUUUUAUAAUAUCUAUAUAUAUACCUAAACUAAUUAUAAUAGUAAUUUCCUAUACUUAUUUUAUUUAAACAUAAUUUUUUAAGCAAAACAAUUUAAAAAAUAUUUAAUUUAUUUCCUAAAAAAAAUUGCAAUAGCUAUUUAUCACUUUUUAACGGCAGGAAUUAAUUAAUAAUUUAUGUAUUAUUAAGUGUUUUUGUUGUAAAAAUUUUUCUGAAAAAACUGUGCGCGGUAUAGCGCACCAGAACAACUUACUUUGCAGCCUUUUUAAUUUUAAUUAAAAGUUUAUAUAAAAGCAAUUAUUUGUAUUUGACAUAUUAGUAAUUAAAUGAAAGCGAAAUAAAACAAACACAAUUUUGUUAAAAAUUACAACGAUUAGCGUUAAAGAAUUAUAGAAAAAAAAAAUUAAAUAUAUAUGUACCUUACUAUAAAACUUGGUGUGUUAGUUUAAAAAAAAAGUAGUCAUUGUUUGUAUGCAUUAAUUUCACGAAAUAAAUGUAAAUAUGAUUUUUGUAAAACUAAAUUAAUUAACUUAAAAAUACUAUAUACUGCCUUGACAUGUGCUCUUGUCUGACCAAGUAAUGCCUGCUCCCCUUUCAACUUAGUGUAAUUAUUAUAUAUUUUCCGGUUAUUAGUUUACAUAGAAGUCUUAUAUAAGAAGUAUAUACAUAUGUAUGUAUGUACAUGAAAAUUGUUGUAAAUUUAUUUGUCAUUCACUUUUUUCUUUUCUUUUAUUUCCCCACUUUUGUGCGCUUUCCCUCCCCGCAACGCGUUUGUUUGUGUGUGUGUGUGUUCACCACGUUUUACGAAAUGCUAACACAAAAAAAAUGCAAUUUAAAUUUGAAAUAAUAAAAAUUUGAAAUAACAAAAUGCGUGGCAAAAUUGUGCAUAAACAACAACAACAAAUGCCAAACAUUUUAAAAUGAAUACGCAUAACAUCAAAAUAAAACUGCUACAACGGUAAACCAAUACGUUAUAUAACGCCACCACAUAGCUUGGCGAUCACCGGCACCUCUUGGCGACGCUUAAGCUCCGUCGAGGCAUUUCGUCGCCGUCCAAAUCAUGAAUUGACACAAGAGCAACAGCAACAACAAACUGCUGAACCGUUGCAGGUGCAUAACUAUCAAAACAAAAAUGGCAAUGCCAACAACAAAGCGCCCGGGAAUCGUAGCUCCAUAAUUACAGUGGAAAACUUGGAAACCGACGAUGAGCAGCAAUGGAAGCGCGGUGAUGCGCCGUUAUCCGCAACGACAACAAUGACCACACUACACAUUUGAGAAGGCGAGUCUCAGUAGGUUGUACAAAUACUUUGACACAAGUGAAGCAAAGCAAUCCAACAGUGAAUUCAACAACGAACCAAAUAUAUAUGCAUACUUAUAGCAAAAGACAUACCUGAAAAAGAGUAUUAAAAUAAAUUUUUAUACUUUUUUGUAUUUUAUCUUACUAAAAAGUUGAAGCUUACAGCAAUUACUUACCAAAUAGUCGAGAAAAGUGAAAUGUUGCCAAUAUAUGCAAAUGUUUUUAGCGUGUAAUUUUUACUGUGUGUGAUUAGUUAAAUGUAUACCAAAUAGUUGUAGGUAAUUAUAACCAAAACAUAUAUGUAAAAGUUGUGUAGCAUUGUAAAUGUACUUAACAAAUGUUUAACUGUUAUAAAUUACUAACCAAAAAACAAAAAAAAAACAGAAGUAACUGUAUAGGCCAUAUUAAGUUUGACAUUUAAACAAAUAUUGCUAUACGUAAAUGAUUUUAUUGAUAUUUUAAAAUAAACUUUUUAUGUACAACACAUACAUUAACAAACACAUAUGUACCUAUAAAAACAACAACAUUAUUUCGAGGUUGAAAACUAAUGGCAGCCACUGUACGUUGAUUUUGAAUUCUUUUCGCUUAAAAUAAACAAAAUUGUAAAAAAGUUCGCUUAAAAAUUGGUUUUUUUUGUUUUAUAACCAAUUUGUAUACCUUAUUACAUAAUACUACAGUUCUCAUACAAAAAAUAAAUUUUGACACGCAAUCAAAAUACAGUUGCCUGAACAAAACUGCUCUGAUGCCGUCCUAACACAAGUAAACUUGCGCAGAUAAAAAAAAACUUUUUAAAUAAUCAUUUAAAAUAUAAUCUCGUUGAUUUUCGUAAUUAAUUUCCUAUAGAAUUUCGAUUUAUAAAAACAAAUGUUUUUUGUUAACCAAAACAAUCGGUUUUAAACCGAAAAUUUUCUAAAAAAAUGUAUUACAAAAAUUGUUUUUUGUUAUAAUUCUGAUUUAUGUUAAAUUUGUAUAGUGAACUCGAAUGAAAUGAAUAUAUAAAUUUCUUAAGAAAUAUUAUAAAACUCCUGGUCAUUAUUAUUUUUAAUAUGGAAGUAGAUUUAAAUAAAUUUUUAAUUCAAUUUUUUAUUUCAAAUCAAUGCGAAAAAAAAUUUUGUAACAUUAGUUUUCAACCGAAAAUUUUCAAAAACAACUGUUUUUUAAAUAUCAGAAUACUGAUAAAUUCUAACAACUAACUAAAUUUUAAUAUUGAAAUCGGUCAUAAAUCUUUUAAGAGUAAAUAAUAAGUUUUCUUGUAAAAUAAAAAAUUAUGUUACUCUAAUAGUUAUUCAUGUCAUAAGUUGAAGUACUUUACUUUUUUUAGUUCGUAUAAUUUUUCAUUAUUUAUAUAAUUUUUAAAUUUUUUUAAGUGAAAAAAUUUUUUUUUUUAAUUUUCGUUUUUUAUAUAAUACAUAAUAAUUAUUUACAUAAUUAAAAAAAUUUUUUUAAGUGUUUUAGGAUGAAAUUAAGA